AUGACGAACAACGCACCAGUUGACGUGACCGAUCUGUUCGGUGUGAAGGAUCUCGUCGUAGUGGUGACUGGUGGGGGAAGUGGUAUUGGUCUCAUGAUCGCUCAAGCCUUGGAAGCAAACGGGGCCAUCGUUUACAUUCUUGGCCGGCGCAAGGAGACGCUCGACAACGCUGCGAGCACUUCUAGGCACGGCAACAUCAAGCCAAUCCGGGCAGAUGUUACCAACAAGAAGGAUCUUGAGAGAGCCGUGGAGGAGCUUACAGCAGCCCACGGGUUUGUCAAUGUAGUCAUCGCCAACUCAGGCAUCACCGGCCCCGGGCUCGAGGGAUUGCCGGCGAAUCCAAGCCUGUCACAGUUCAGAGAGAAACUCUGGAGCACCAGCUCAGACGAAUUCACCAACACGUUUGCUGUGAACAACACGGGCGUUUUCAACACGGUGGCGGCCUUCCUCGAGCUCUUGGAUGCUGGCAAUAAGCGCGGCAAUGUGCAGCAGAGAAGUCAAGUCAUCGCAACAGCCAGCGUUGCGUCCUAUAACCGACAGCCGUUGGCAGGAUAUGCGUAUAGCAGCUCCAAGGCCGGGGUGGUGCAUCUGAUGAAGGCGUUUUCGACAGCGUUGGUCCCUUACGAUAUUCGCUCGAAUAUCAUUGCGCCAGGAUUCUACCCCAGUGAAAUGACCGAGGGCUUGUUCGCAAAGCAGGGCGAUGAAGCAUGGCCCAAGAGUAUGAUUCCAGAGGAAAGACCUGGCGAUAUACAGGAUAUGGCGGGUGCGGUGCUUUUCCUGGUGAGCCGCGCUGGAGGCUACAUCAACGGUAACGUCCUCCUUACGGAUGGCGGCCGGGUCGCAGUGGUGCCAUCAUCGUACUGA